GCUUCCUCUUUGGUCUCAGCUUUUUUUUCACCUCUGGAAGUUCGUGGUAGAAGAAGAAUAAGAUGAUGAAGAAGUUGUCCAUCACCUCCAUUUUAGCCUAUACAGCCCUUCUCCUUACUUCUAUGCUUUUGUGUUUAGCAGAGACUCCAGUGAGCUUCAAGGGUCAAGGUAGCAGUCCCAGUGGGACUCCCAAGGAUGGGUUACUAAAGAAGGAGGAAGCUGGAAUGGAGAGGUUCCCAAUAGGAUCAAUCUUGCCUGACUGUGCACAUGCAUGUGGGCCAUGCUUUCCAGGCAAGAGGGCGAUGGUGAGCUUCAGCAAGUGUUCCAUUGCAGAGUCUUGCCAUAUUGUCUACAGAUGUAGAUGCAGAGGGAGAUUCUAUCAUGUUCCUUCAAACUGAUUCAUCCAUGCUUGUAUCUCUAUUUCAAGAACAUUAGUUGCAGUUUUAAGCUGUACGAGAAUUGUGAGCUAUGUGUAGAAUGAGGGUAUAGAAGCUAGUUUUUUGUAUUGGUAGGAUAGACCCUUCCUUAUCUUGUCCCUCUUUUUAGUGUUUUUGAUGGUUGUAAUGUCUCCAAUCUCGAUUUCGAUUGAUUCAUAUUGGAUUUCUAGGGUUAGGGCAUAUUUUCACUGAUUCUGAUUGACUCCUAAUUGAAGUCGAUCUCGAUUAUUUUCGAUCAGGAUCUCGAUUCUAACUUGUAUCUAUAAGAGGAUUCUUGAAUCUAGGAUGGUUUGCUUUAUCUUAUAAUAUACAAGGAAAAUCUUGUUGUAA